AUGAGUAAGCAGGAGGCUCCGUCAGUCACGUGCUGUAUGGGUGACUUUUGGAUACUCGAGACUACUGAACGAUCGUCAAUCUUGAUCAUGAAAGAUCAAGGCAUCAUGAGGUGUUCCGGUAUCAAGCCGGGAAGCAACCAAAUAGGAGUAUCAUCAGACUCGAAGAACCCAGCCAGGCAGUUCGACCUACAUAUCUCCGACGGAGGAGUCCAUUUGCAGCCCAACCAGGACAAUCACGUGUAUACAAACGUUGACGUAGAGAUCGCUUUUCUGACGAGAACAGCUCGCACCUCUCAGGCUCAUCCGCUUUGCAAUGUGACUUUCAUUUGGUCUGCACCAACUGGGUUAGAUUCGACGGCCAACAAUUCGAAGGAGAGAAACGCCUCUGCGCCUGAGUUUCCUUUGCCCUUUCUCACUACUGUUACAGAGCGUAUCGACCUGAGCUCACAAACAUGCAGAUCCCGGCACCUUCUCAAUGCGAUAAGCUCUCAGAGAUCAGAUAGCCAGCUAGCCAUCUCAUUCGUCUUUGCUCCCAUGACUCCUGUCUCCUUUAAUUCUGGCGGUCGCAAAUCGGCUUCAACGGGAGGCAAGUAUAUAUAUAGCGGUCAUUUCUCCUGUGACACGCCCUCUGUCUUCACUGGUGAACUCGAACGCAUGUCUACUACCGCUCGUCAAGAAGCUCGACGUCUCUCUACCUCCAGGAAUAGCGGACCCGGAUCCGAAGCCGCUAGGAAUGAGGCAAGGGCCGCUGUAGGCCAGGGCAACGUUGCUUCGGGCAGUGCAGUCGAUGAUACGCCCAUCGCAGCUCCGAGACGCAACUCUAUCUUACGAGGGUGGACGACUGAUCCGCGGUCAACCUGA